AUGUUGUAUUUCUCGUUCCAGGUUGAUGAAAGAGACACGCCAGGCAAGUGGACGCGACUAGCAAGAGGAGGAACCGAGUCGAAGGGACUGAGUGCGGCUACAAAUGCUUUCAACGCCGUUUAUCUCGAUUCGAGGAUAGCCGGUAGCAAGCAUCCGGAUGGAGUUCAUGGCAGAUGUGGCAACAUAUUUAUUUGGAAUGCUCACUAA